ACUAUUUUAUCAUUCAUUUUUUUUAUCUUCGGCUGUUAUUAUUUUAAUUUGUAGGUGUAGGUCGUAGGUGCGAGUAGCAGUGUAGCACACUAGCACCCGAUAUCUAAAUCGAAUAUUCGAAUUCUGGAUCCGACCGCCCGUGCCGGUCUAUUAUUAUUUUCCUCGGCGGUACGAACGUAAAAAUGAGUAAGGUGUACAAAGAAGACGAGAUCAGCGUCCGAGUGGAUAGGUGCCUGUACGAUUCGGUGAUAAAAUUCGGUGGCGGCUUGAGUGUAGGUGUUGUGGCAUCCCUGUUGUUCUUCAAACGUAAGAAGUGGCCAAUGAUCAUGGGUUCUGGUUUUGGAUUGGGCUUAGCAUAUGAAAAUUGCGAAAAAGACUUAAAGGAAUAUUUUACGAGUACAUAAUAUCCUGUAUGUUAUUAGAGCUUAGGCAAUAAUACAAUAGCCUCUGACUCUAGAGUCUAACAAUGUUCAUACAGUUUGUUUUCUUUUAUGUUAAUUGUAUUAAUGUAAGUAGUAUUUCUUGUUUUGAUUUUUUAAGUAAAAAAAUACAUAAAUAAUAAAAAUGUUGGAUCCAAAA